AUGACGGGGUCGGCAUCUAAGCGUCCACGUCGGAGCGAGGAGCAAUGCCUAUACUACGGUGCCAAGAGGAAGAAGCACCUAUAUCUGGCGCUGGAUGAGCGCAAGAAGGGUAGGAACCUAGGAUUUAGCAUCCACAAGCUUGACACCGACAACAUGGAGGAGGAUGACCUCCCCGAGCCUGCCCUCUGA